AUGAGUGUUUGUAAAUUAUGGAAAGAAUUGGUGCAAAAGGUGAUUAGUGAACAUCUUAAUCUUAUGCAUAAAGAAUGUUGGAAAUUUGGUUUUAGAUUUGAAAUUAAAGAAUCAUCGUUUGAAUAUAAUACUUUUUCAACAUCAUUUAAAUAUACCCCUCCAAUAAUUGAAUACGAGUUUAGUAAUGAAUCUUCAACCAUUAUUUUUGAUCCUGAUAAUGAAUUAUUUCCACGUCAAUACACAUUGCUUCUUUUAUCAAGUCAAUUAUCAAAGAAAAAAAAUAUUUCAACGAUUGAAUAUCACAAUCUUGACGCAUAUAAUCUUUUGCUAAAUACGUAA